GGAGGAUGAAUCGAGCGCGGAGCGGCUGGGUCCGCAGCCGGGACGGGGCGGAGGUGAUUUAAAGGGCUGCGCGGGAGCGAGCGCGGCGGCGGCAGCCGGGGCACCUACACCGACGGCGGGGGCGCGCUGGCCUCAGGUGAUGGUGAGCUGGGACGACCCCAAACUUAGCUGGAACCAGAAGUCUCUGUGAUACUGGUGCUACCCCUGCUCUCUGCCCACAGAAGCCAUGAACCUGUAACUGGGGAAGCUUCUCCUCAACCAAUGUGUUACCACCAGAUCUCCAGUACAGGAGCCAGCUGCUCCCAGUGUCCCUGAUAGCCCUGUCACCUCAGCAUCUUCCAAAGGCUCUAGGAUGCUGGGGCCAGCUAGGCUGAACCUGCCCACGUGAUCCUCACUGCUUCCAGCCCUCGCCCUGCCUGCCCACCAUGCUGCGCUCCUGGCGUGGAAAGUUGAAGCUGCUGCUCGCCACUGUAACACUGGUGAUCCUUCUCUCGUGGCUCUGUGUCUUUGUGGGCAGUUCAGAAUAUGGCCGUUCCCUCCUAUUGUCUCCUUGCCUUGGGGACCAGGACCUGGAGCGAGAGGCCUUGGCAUCUCAGGUGCGCAAGGUGGAAGAGGAAAACCUGCAACUGCGCCUGCAGCUCAGCCAGUCUCGGGCGCAAGCUGGGGCUGUGGAGGGGAGUGAUGGCAGCCAGCAGUGGGCAGCCUCCUUUGAGGAUGGGGAUGCCCCAGGAGAUGACGGGAGCAACCGCACAGGCUGCCCCAAGCAGCAGAUGGUGCAGAAGUGUGAGCUCCUGCACGUAGCGAUUGUAUGUGCUGGUCACAAUGCGAGCCGAGACGUGGUCACCCUGGUGAAAUCCAUCCUCUUCCACAGGAAGAACCCUCUCCAUUUCCACCUCAUCACGGACUCGGUGGCUCAACAGAUCCUGCAGACUCUCUUCCAGUCCUGGAUAGUGCCCUCCGUCUACGUUAGCUUCUACAACGCAGACGAUUUGAAGGCAGAGGUGUCGUGGAUUCCCAACAAGCAUUACUCCGGGAUUUAUGGGCUGAUGAAGCUAACGCUCACUAAGGCGCUGCCCUCCAACCUCUCCAAGGUCAUUGUCCUGGACACAGACAUCACCUUUGCCACCGACAUCGCUGAGCUGUGGGCUGUCUUCGGGAAGUUCUCCGACAAGCAGGUGAUUGGGCUGGUGGAGAACCAAAGUGACUGGUACCUCGGAAACCUCUGGAAGAACCACAAGCCAUGGCCAGCGCUUGGACGUGGCUUCAACACAGGGGUGAUCCUGCUGGUGCUGGAGCGCCUGCGCCGGAUUGGCUGGGAGCAGAUGUGGCGGCUGAUGGCGGAGCAGGAGCUCAUGAGCAUGCUGUCCACCUCGCUGGCAGAUCAGGACAUCUUUAAUGCAGUGAUUAAGCAGAGCCCAGUGCUGGUGUACAAGCUCCCCUGCUUCUGGAACGUGCAGCUGUCUGACCAUACCCUCUCAGAGCAGUGUUACUCAGAGGUCUCUGAUCUUAAGGUGAUCCACUGGAACUCGCCCAAGAAGCUGCGGGUGAAGAACAAGCAUGUGGAGUUCUUCCGGAACCUCUACCUGACCUUCCUAGAGUACGAUGGGAACCUGCUGCGCAGGGAGCUCUUUGGUUGUGCCAGCCUGCCCAGCCCACCCAGAAACCAACUGCAGCAAGCCCUGGAGGACCUCAAUGAGGAUGACCCCUGCUAUGAUUUCCGCCGGCAGCACCUUAUGCUGCACCGCAUCCACCUGUUCUUCCUGCAGUAUGAGGUCCUGGCCUCACCUGACCCUGCUGAUGUCACCCUGGUGGCCCAGCUCUCCAUGGACAGGUUACAGAUGCUGGAGGCAAUCUGCAAACACUGGGCAGGCCCCAUCAGCCUGGCGCUGUACAUGUCGGACGCAGAGGCCCAGCAGUUCCUGCGCUAUGCCCAGGGCUCGGAGGUGUUGAGCAACCGCAGGAAUGUCGCAUACCACAUUGUGUACAAGGAGGGGCAGUUCUACCCUGUCAACCUACUGCGCAAUGUUGCGCUGACCAAUGCACAGACACCCUAUGUCUUUCUGACGGACAUCGACUUCCUGCCCAUGUAUGGGCUCUACGAUUACCUCAGGAACUCCAUCCGGCAACUGGAGCUGCCUCAGCGGAAGGCAGCGCUCAUCGUCCCAGCGUUUGAGACUCUGCACUACCGUCUUACCUUUCCCAAGUCCAAAGCAGAGCUGCUCUCCAUGCUGGACAUGGGCUCCCUCUACACCUUCAGGUACCAUGUGUGGCCAAAGGGCCAUGCCCCAACUGACUAUGCCAAGUGGCGGACAGCCACGGUGCCGUACCGUGUGGAGUGGCAGCCAGACUUUGAGCCUUACGUUGUAGUGAGGCGUGACUGCCCCCAGUAUGACCAGAGAUUCGUGGGCUUUGGUUGGAACAAGGUGUCCCAUAUCAUGGAGCUUGAUGCCCAGGAGUACGAGCUGCUGGUCCUGCCCAAUGCCUUCAUGAUCCACAUGCCUCACGCCCCCAGCUUUGACAUCUCCAAGUUCCGCUUGAGCGCUGGCUACCGGGGCUGCCUGCAGACACUGCGGGAGGAGUUCCACCAGGACCUGUCGCGUAGGUAUGGCGCUGCCGCACUCAAAUACCUCACUGCCGAGAGGAGCCUGUGAUGCUGAGGGACAGCGUGGCGGUGGGCUGGAGGGGGAAGGGGACAGACCACUUCCUUCCUGUGUGGCUCACUGCCUGAAAGGGAUCAAACCUGCAGCACUGUUUCCCCAGCACAGGAACAGUAGCUCCGACUAGGGAUGGAAUGGAAAGAGUCAAGAGAAAGGGGCUUUUAGUUCUUAAACUGCUCCUGAGUGGCUGAGGGUUUCCUCACAGAAAGCUGAAAGCCUCACCCAGAGACAGGCCAACAUUGCUAAUCUCCCAGCAAGUGGGCUACCUGGAGCCUAUUUCCCACUUCAAGGGCCGGGGUGGGAGGCACCUAUUGUUCAUUUUCCAGAGGUUUGGCCAAAAUGUGAAUGACACCAGUGAUGAGGCUCCCAUGCAGUCCCCUGGGGCACUUGUUUCCCAGCCUCACUAGUGUCCUUGCUAGAAAGCUUUACCUGACGUUCUGCAAGAUGCUCCCUUGCUUGGUUUCAUCAGGUCCUCCCAUUUGCACCCUCUGUGCUUUGCCUCCUUCGGGGCCCUGCACAGUUACCACUGUCGGGUGUAGCUUAGCCCUGCAAGACAGGCUGAACUUUAGUUCUUAAUUUCUUCUGAUGAACCUCUUUCUCUCUCUUUCCUCCUUUCCUGUGCCUAGAGGGAGCUGAAGCACCCCCAUGUUUCCCCAAGGGCAAAGUGGCCUACAGAAUUGGUCUCUUAGGGUAUGCCUACACUGCUGUGAAAACAGGUGACCUGUGGCAGCUGGUGCAGGGCUAUAAAACUGCAGUGUAGACGUUAGGGCUCAGGCUGGAGCUGAGGCUCUGUGACCCUUCCUGCUUGUUUGCAGGUGGUUGUAUGUGCACAAGCGUGCCCAUCUUUUGCUGGCUGAGGGUCUGUACACAAAAACACCUGCCAGCUAAGAUCCCUGCAUAGGUACUGCCUCGGGCCAGCCUAUACCACUAACCUUCAUGGCCAUCUUCCCACAGAGGAUGGGAAGUCCUGUCCCUCUUCCCCAUGCAGUCUGGGCGGAAUCUCAGGCUGCUGCCCCUUGGUGUCGCAUCCCUGGAUUUUCCCACACAUGGCUAAUGAGGGUUGGUGCUGCAGGUCUGGGGCCCACAGCAUGUUUGGUUCUGGUCUGUGCCUUGGAGCUGAGCCACUAUUGGAUCUAUUGCCAAAUCAUGGUGCCUGUUAUGAUAAAACCAUUCAGUCCCUGCCGCUCUGGCAGUAGGUAAAACUGUCCCCUGGUAGGCCACCAGCUGCUUAGAGAAACCUCUCUAGGGGUCACUUCCAAGUCUCAGAGGGAAAGAUCCUGAAUCUCAGUAAUAUUGACACUGACAAUCAGGGACAUGGUUGACAUUGUAGCUGGGUGCUAUGGUCAGAGACCUAUGCUGGGAGCAGCUUUGGCCAGGCGCUGUUCCACAGUCCUCACACACUGGAGCAUGGAGGCACAGUUGCUUUCCUCACUCUCUAUUUAAGUUAUUUAAGAUGAUUUCUCACAGGGUAUAAAUGAUUAGGAGGGCCUAGGGUUUUUAGCCUCUCUCUUCCUUCCUGAUGGUUCUGAAGUAUCUUCAGGACUGUCAGUGCUAGACUCUCUGCUCUUCACUUCCUGGUAAUCAAAGCCGCUACUGUGCUGGGAGCAAAACAUUCCGGCCAGGGUGAGGCAGGCCCAGGGGCUACUGUUCUACACUCUUUGUAUGGAAAGGGCAUAAGUAUCUCCUCUAUUUUUUAAUUAAAGCUUUUUUAAAAUUCUUUUUCAAAUCCUUGGAGAGCCAUGUGGUUAUUUUGUCACAUUAUGUCUGAUGCUGGAGGUGGGGCAGGGCUUACAGGCUGGCAGGAAAUUAGGGCAAGUUCACUUCCCCAGGAGCGAGGGUUGUGUGUGGAGCUGAUACUGUGUCACAAGGUUGUGAAGGGAUGGUAACUACGGGGGGGGGCGGCAGUGACAAGAUGAUGUAGAAAUGUCAGCUCCACCAAGCAAGAGAGAACUCAUCCCCUACCCAGAACUGGUCCUUCUGGUAUUUACUGACACCAGGAAGAUCAGGCCAUUGUCUAACAAACUGUUGUGGCAGUGGGUGGCUGCAGUUAUGCUCACAAAAAGUGACUGGACAAAGGGCAUUGCAGGAUUCCCUGGGAGUUGGCACUUGCUAACUUAAGGUCAAACAGAUAAAAAGAUGUAUUGUUUUCUCUGCCAGUGGGCCCCUACCCAGCUCUAACAGGCAAGCUAGGCUCUUUCUAUCUCACAAGUCAUCCCCUUUAACAGACAUGCUACAGGGCAAAUUCUACCCUCAGUGUCACUUCUGCAGCCCUUCCACAAGUGCAACCACUCAGAACCUAGUAUCCAGUUCUGUUGCUGGUGUACAAGAGGGAAUGGAGUGCAGCUCUGUGUGCUGAGCUGGUGCUAUGGGGCUAACAGCACUAAGGCCAUGUUUCGUCCCUAGAGGUAGCAGCUGAGACCUUCAGAGAGCACUCUGAAGGGUAAGAGGUCCUUUUGUACAGUUACAUCAGACCAAACCCACACUUUGAGCCUAUUUGUGAAUUGGCUGGGAAGCUUUUCCUGUACUAUUAACAAGGGUUCCUUCUUCCUGCCAUCUUAACAAAAGAUGAGACCAGUAGUAACCACCUGCCCAUAGCAGCAUGUGCCUAGACUAGAGCUUAACUAAAAUCAAGCUAAUGUUGUUACCUAGCAUCUGUGUUAGGAGAAAUGGUGAUGUUAGGUCAGGUUGAGCUAGUGCUGGUUAGUUAAGCCUGCCUAUACUUGAUCAAUUUUCUUAGGCCAGGUCUAGACUAGAAAUUUUUGCUACUGUAAAGGCCUGCUACAGGUGGGAGCAUUUUGGUGACAUUUCUCUAGCCCCAAAAGCCCUAGUCAAGAUGCAGUUCUAUCCUGGCUUAAAAGUGAUAGCUUAUUUUGUUUGGGGAGGUGAAUAAACUAUACUGCCAAAAACGCUUUUUUGCCAAUAUAAGCUGUGUCUAUGUUAAGAGGGUUUGCUACUACAGCUGUACCAGGAAAUCUUUUCUAGUACAGACCUGGCCUUAGUCAAGCCAAACCAUACCCUGUGGCCCAUACGUUGAAAAAAGACUUAAGAGCCACUGACCCAAAGUAAAAUUGGGUCUAGUCUGAGUUUCUAGUGCUCCUUCUGGGUUUGUGAUCUUGAUGGAACCACUGACGUGUGCGGUGAACAUCCUGCAACAUCAAAGCAUCAGGAGUUACGGCCUUGCUUUGUUCUCACCCCUGAACACAAACAAUGAACAAAAUUGCAGCUUUGGUGCAUAAGGGGGAGCUAGUGAAAGCAGAAAUGAGAUCUGGCUGCAUAGGCUAAUGGCCCUUUUGCCUUGUGGAAAGUAUAGCUGUUUGACAAAGUUACGCUUUCAACCUCUACCUGAACAUAUUCACCCACUGAUGAAAAUGAAGCCUGAGCUCCCAGUAGACUGAGAUUAGUUCUGGGCUCUGUAUCACUUUCUCAUGAGCUCUUACAGUAUAAAGCUCUUCCAGGUCCAGGUGCCCCAUGUAGUGAUGGGAAAUGCUUCCCUCACCUGGUAAACAUGGCUACAGAG